AAUAACUCAAGUACAAGCGAAUGAGGCAGGAGCAGUGCCGACUGUCCUGUUCCCAGCUUCCCUAAGUGUAGGAGGUUGGUGUGAUCAGCAGUGUCAGAUCCCUCUGCAACGUGACGUGGAGAUCGGAAGAGCCUGUAAACAGACUUGUUGGAGCGGGGGAAGGCUGGGACACUGCCAUGGCUACAAAACCCAUGAGAAGUUUAAGAGGCUCUAUUGAUGAUGUGCUUGGUGACCUUCUGGGAUAUGAUGAUGAGUCUCCUGAUAAAUCUGCCAGAGCUCCCCAUCCAGCCACAGGCAGCAGUGGGAGAGUCCGGGGCAGCAACUCGCUGGCCAGCAAGAAGUCUCUUCUAGAGGAUGAUUUCUUCAGCAAACUCCCUGCAGAGGACAGUGAAGCUGCAGAGGGAUCCAGUGCCUCUGAUGCAGACCCACAGGAUCUGCUGCAGACCCUGAAGGAUAUGGAUGACAUGGAAGCUGAUCUCCUGAGGAUAUCAAAACCCAGUUCUGCACCAGGGAAGACAACUGUGAAAGGUCCUGGGAAAUGGGAUGCCUUGGGAGAAGGAGGAGCAAAAGCCACAGGGAAACUGCUAGCUCCUGAGAAAGAUGGUUCUUUGGCCAAGCUUUUGACCACUGAGGAGCAGGAUGCUCCCAAGAAGCCAAUUCCAACAGGUACUAAAAGCAGCUUUGAGAAAAACCCAGAAGAGAGCAAAGGGAAAGGGCCAAACCCGCUCCAGACACCCCUGCACACCGUGGCCACAGCCCGGAGGAGGGAGCAGCUCACGUUUGAAGAUGAUGGUGAUGACCUGAUGGAUGCACUGGGAUUUGGCAAUGAUCCCAAAGGACAUGAGAAGCAGGGAAAGAAGGCAGAAGAAGAUGUGCUCCAGCCAGCCUGCUCCAAGCUGGACAAGUUGCUGGGACGAGGCUCCAUGGGCAAAACCCUGGAGCAGCCAGGCAUGGGAGAGCACAAGGAGUUCCAACUGGAUAAGAAGUACCAAAAGCAGCCAGAGAAGGAAGAGGACUGGGACAAGGAAGAUUUUAUCUUUGGAGCAUACCAGCCCUCGGUGGCCUCUGUGCCCAAGAGCCAGCUAACGAGGAGGCAGUCUGUCAGCAGGUUUUCAAACAACAGCAGCAGCGAAGUAAAACAGGAGCUCCACUCCAAAGCUCUUCCUGCAGCCAGCAGCAGCCCUGUGCGGGGCAGGAGGGCUGGAGGCGACUGGCUGGGCUUGAAGGAUGAGGAUGUGAUGGAUUCAGAGCCACUGUCUGCAGUGAAGGGCAGCCCUGCUGUUAGCUGCCCCAGCCCUGCCCCAGCCAUACGGCCUGGCCCCGCCAGCCACAUCCCGGCUGCAGAGGAGGCAGCGGCUAAAGCGGCCCCGCUGGAGGAGGAGAACUGGCUGAGCGCUGCCUUGGCUCGUAAAAAAGCCCAAGCACAGGCAAAGACCCAGGAGAGAAAUGCCAAGGCCUCAGAGGCUCCAGGGGAAAGGCUGCAUCUCCAUCCUGCUGUCAGCCAUCCAGCCGCCUCCACGGGAGCCCCGCAGCAGGCAGCUGCCCUGCAGGACACAGCCACUGCAGACAGCUCUGGGCAGCCAGUGCCCUGGCUCAGCACCAAAAAACGAGCCUCAGCUCCGCCGUCGGAGGCUGCGAAGGAGGAUCCCUGCAGAGACACCAGCGCCCUGGCCUCUACAGCCAUGUUCCCAGGAGAGCAGGACAUGCAGGGCCCUGUCCCACUUGCUCAGGUUCCUACACCCAGGACACAGCUCCAGGCUGCCCCACAGCUGCAGGCAGAGUCCCCAGGCCUGAGCUUGCUGCAUGACAGGAGGCUGGGGCAUGGCACUGCCCAGCUCUGUGAGGACACAUCAGGCUGCCAGGCAGCUCUGGUCAGCGCCCAGGCCCGUGUGGCAGAGCUGGAGAGCCAGGUGCGGACACUGGAGCUGGAGCGGACACAGCAGAGGCUGUUGCUGGAGAGUCUCCAGCAGCAGCGCCAGAAGGACCUGGAUCUUCUCGAGAGCACCUACAGAUGCCAAAUGAAGGUGUUGGAGGAGAGCCAUGGGCAGCGGGAGGAGAGGCUGCGGCAGGAGCUGGAGCAGCUGAGGGCUCAGCUGCUGUCGCAGAGCCGGGACAUGGAGCAGGCGCGGGCAGAGCUGCGGGCACAGCACCAGCAGCACGUGGCGGCACUGGAGCAGCAGCACACGCUGGAGGUGAAGCGGCUGCAAGAGCUGCAGAGGACGUCCAUCCAGGAGCUGCGCCAGGACCACGACGAGCAGCUCCAGCGGCUGCAGCGGCUGAAGGAUCAGGAGAUGGAAGCGGUGACCAGCGCCACGUCACACACCAGGUCUCUGCACAGCAUCGUCGAGCGGAUGGAGAAGUUCUCCAGUGAUCUGCACGAGCUGUCACACAAGGUGGAGGCCAGGCACCACAGCACCUCCCAGGAGCUGGCCACAGGGGCACAGCAGCUCAAGGUGCUCCAAGACACAAUGCUGCAGCAGCAGAAGGACAUGGAGGAGGAACGGAGAGGGCUCCAGGACUUGAUUGCUAAAAUGGAGGCCAGGCUGAGUGAGCAGACUCGGCAGCUGGAGCAGGAGCGCUGGAAGGCGACAGCAGAGCAGUGCAAAGUGGAAUCGCUGCAGCGCUCGCUGGAGGAGCAGCGGCGAGUCCUGAGCCAGCAGCUCUCCGUGGAGCGAGCAGAGCUGGAGAGGGCCAAGAGCGCUUUGCUGGCGGAGCAGCAAUCGGUGAUGCAGAAGUGCUCAGAGGAGCGCCAGAAGCUGGCGGCUGAGUGGGCUGAACUUCGUGCCCAGCAGCAGCUGAGUAAGGAGCAGAUGGAGAGGGACAUGGGCCGAGCCCUGCAGAUGGGGUCCCAGAGAGAGGGCACCAUCAUCAGCCUGGCGAAGGAGCUGGCAGAGCUCAAGUUCCGGGGCCAUGAGCUGAAAGCCAAGGAGGAGGAACUGGCAAAGGCCAGAGAGCUGCAGGAUGAGGCCUGGCAAGAGCUGAAGCUGGAGAAGGAGAAGGUGAAGGUGGCUGCACAGCGUGUGCAGCGGCAGGAGGAGGAGGUGCAGAGCAAGGCCAAGCUCUCAUCCCAGAAGUAUGAGGAGGGGGAGCGAGCGCUGCAGAAGGCUUGCAGAGUGGAGGGUGAGCACCAAAGCAGGCUACAGGCCAUGCAGCAGCACUUGGAGCAGCUGAGGCAGCAGGAAGAGCAUCUGCACCAGGUGCGGCUGAGCAUGGCUCAGCAGCGGAGACAGCUUGAACAGCUACGUGAGGAGCUGCCCAACAACCCCAUGAUGCUGCUGACUGCAGACCAGGACCUCAGGGCACCUGUGAACGGCCUCUCCAGCACACUGUUUCCCCUGAUGGCAGUGGCACCACACAGUCGGGCUCUUGUUGCAGAGCCUCCAGCUCCUGUCAGGGUGCUCCCUCAGCACAGCCCUGGGGCUGGCAGGGGCACCCCGGCCACAGCCAGCCCCACCGAGCUCUGUGCCACACUGCUGCUGCUGAAUCUCAGGGCCCAACAGGACCAUGAUUUCUUAGAGAAUGAGCAGUUCUUCCUGGAGACUCUGAAGAAGGCAUCCUACAAUCCUUCAACUCGGUCAGGCUGAGGGAAAGGGCAAGGUGGUCAUCAGCACAUCCCAAUGGACAUCAUCACCAAAACUACAGCCAUGUCUCCACCAACUAGUAAUAAAGAACCCCAGACUUUCUUGGGCAUUGUGGGGUUUUGGAGGAUGCACAUUCCCAACUACUGUAAAUCCUCUCUAUCAAGUCACCUGGAAGAGAAAUGAUUCAAAUAGGGCCCUAAACAACAACAACAAGGCUUUCAACACACUGAACAAGAGUUUGCUCAGGCAGUUGCCCUUGGGCCAGUCUGGACAGGACUAGAUGUGAAAAAUGUGCAGCUGGAGAGAAUGGCCCUACCUGGAGCCUUUGGCAAGAAGCACUUGGGGGGCUGGAGGCUGACCCCUUGGAGCCAGGGAUACAGAGGAUCCAAGGCCCGAUACACUCCAUUAAGAAGGGGACACUGGCAGCAUAUGAUGGAGUUGGAGGUGCCUCAGAAGGAAUUGGCAUGGAAGCUGGACUCUUCUUAGUACCCUGACUGCCAGUGUGGGUGUUCAAAGGGAGGGUCUGCUCCACACAUCACACUACUGAUGUGACAUGGAGGAGGGGGUAUAGGAAACUCCAGUCACCCUGGCCUCCUGCAAGUGAUCACCAACUGGCCAGAGGGUAAAGAUACACAUCUAGCAAAGGCCACCUGGAGACUCAGCACUGAGGGGAUCUGUCAGUCGAGCUGGCCCUGCCCAAUCAGAACUUGCACCCUUUGGAAGGAGGUAAAGUCCUGGUAGUGUAUAUGGAGAAUGUUAGGAACGACAGUUUGGGUUAAGCCUGCUUUGGGCAAAGGGAAACCCCCACAAGGGAUUGUUUUUGCUCAAGGACUUGGCUGCACUUGGUGGGUGAUGCAGGAGGAUGUUCAAUGGGUACCUUAGGGGGGAUUUAAUUUAGUGUGAGGUCAGUUUUAACACAAGCACUU